CCCAGUCUCCCCCAAUUCCUUUAAUCUCUGAACUUCUACUUUACAAAUUCGUCUCUGAAUUCACUCUCCCUCAGCCUCAUAUUUCAUUUCUUGUUGAUUUCUUCUCGUCCUGUUGGUGACAAUUGAAAGCCCUUUCAGAUUUCCGGCACCGUUCCUCCUCACCUUCACACAAUCAUCGUCAUCUCCGAUGAAUGAAAAACAAUGACUCCGACGAACGGCAGCAAGAGGGCGAGGUUGGGCACAGAUUCAUCAAUGUCGACGUUGCCGGAGGAUUUGCUUGUGGAAAUUUUGUCUAGGCUUCCGGCAAAGCAACUAGGACGGUGCAAAUGUGUGUGUAAGUCUUGGCAAUCCAUAAUCGGAAGUAACCCAUUUCGUAAGGCUUACCGGAGUCGUCAUCAACAGUCUAAGUUGAUUUUCUACCGGAAGGAAAACGAUUGGACAGGUUUACGCCUCAGGUUCUUUUCUUCCACUCUUAAUCGACUUAAGGAGUCCACUGAAGAUUUUAGCUACUUAAGCUUGACCGCCGGUCAUCGGCCUGACGGAAUGACCCAAAUAGUUGAUGGUCUUUUAUGUUGUUGUGACUUGAGUCUACGAUUAACUAUCUACAAUGUUUGUACUGGGCAAAGUAUGAGACUUCCUCAGCCUUCCCCUUGUAGUACUGGUUUAAGCUGUUCUUUUUAUCUUGGAUUUGACCCAUCAAGCCAGGUGUACAAAUUACAGAGAUUGAUUUAUUGUACUGUUUGGGGCAUUCCUUCCUCAAGCAAUCAGUCACUGCAAGCUGCUGAGAUAAUGACUUUGAGACCGUCUAGUUCAUUGUCCACAUGGAGACAGUUGGAUUAUAAUGCUUCUGGUAUUGCUGAUAUUGUGGGUUCGACUGAUGGUAUCGUAGGAUGUGAAGUUCAAUUCGUGUCUGGUUGCGGGUAUCUCUGGUGGAUGUCACAGCGUACAUCCUUGUAUUCAUUUGAUCUCAACAAGGAAAAGUUUUGAAAGGUUAAUAUCCCGAAGGAAAUAAGAGAUGAACCAAUAGUAAAGUUUCUUUUGUCUAUGGGGUGGCCAGCAAUGUGGGUUCUUCGUAAGGAACACGGUCAGAGAUGUUUCAUUCUGUUUGUGUUUGAAAGUGAUGAGAAUAAUGUAUGGAACAAGAUCCGUUUUGAUGGCGGGAAGGACUUGGUGAAUUGCCUCGUUACAUUGUUGCAACUGGAAACCUCUCUACGGGUGAGAUUUUGUUCAUGACUUUUGGCCGAAAACAGGACAACGGCAAGAAUGUUUUUUCUUUUAAUCAUCACACCAGGAAGUUUCAUGGAUUUAUGGUCGGGAAGCUCCCUAACGAGCCUCUUAAAUUUGAACCCGAACCUAAGGGAUGUAGCAAAGCUAAGAUUUCUUGUUUACAUGAUCACAGUUAUCUAUAUCUAUCACUGGAUGAUGUCCUCAGGGGCGGAGGUUGCGCUUAGGUAAUCUUGUGAUUAAAGACUUUACACACAUUGUCGGCUCUCUUUCAUACUAAUUCACAUUUAAGCAAAACUUUAUCAGUUUCAUCUUUCAUUCACAGAUUUUGGGCUGCCCUAUAUCUAGUUAAAGCAGCACUAGCACUGGUCACUGCUACCCUUCACUAUCAUUGAAGCACGAUCACUUAGAAUAUUGGCUACUCUUAGGUAUUUGAUCCUGAUUACCUUCAGAAUAUACAUUUUGGUACUGCCCUUUUGAUUUAGUUUGUGGUAGACAUCCUCAGAAAGCAUGAAAGCUCUUGUAAUGACUGUUCGAUCAUCUGGACUAUCUUAUACUCGGUUGCCAUUAUUCAUUAAGGCUCAAAACAUGGUCUAGUAUAUAUUUUGUACUUGGCUGCUCUUCUGAAUUUAUAAGAUGGAUAUUAUAU